UUACACUUGGCACAAUGCAGUCAGGUAAGUACCGUUCUCCUGGCAACUGCCAAACCCAGACAUGUCCAUCAGAUUCCCAGACAGAGAAGCGUGAUUGGCCAAUCCAGAGAACAUGUCUCCACUGCUCUAGAGUCCAGUGGCAGCAUGCUUUACACCACGGCAUCCGACGCUUUGCAUUGCGCUUGGUGAUCAUGCUCUGUCAUUUUACGUGGCCUACCACUUGGUGGCUGAGUUGGUGGAUUAUUGCACAGGUGACAACCUAUCACGGUUCCACACUUGAAUUUACUGAGCUCCUGAGAGCGACCCAUUCUUUCACAAAUGUUGUAGAAGCAGUCUGCAUGCCU